AAAUUUGUGAGAUGUUUAAAAAAAUCACAAGGAUUUGAAUGACAUGUUUGGAGUUUAAAGAUAAUCAAAUAUCAUGUGUUUCUUGUAGACUGUAGUAGUAUUACUCUUGUGAUUGUUUUUUGACGAUUUGUGCAAUUUGUAUUUCAUUUCAUUAGUGUGGGAGGAUUUGAGAAUAUGUUAAUUGACAUGUGUUAGGUAAACUAUUGUCAUGCGUAUGUGAAAAUUUGUGUCCAUUAAGAAAAUAUGAAGCAUGUUUGAUUUUGUUUAUGAGAAUGCUCAUAACCCGAAAUGACUUGUAACACGACCCAAAAUCGAAUGGGUUGAGUCAAUAUUUGAUCCGAAAUCAGCCAACCAAACAUGACCUGACCCGUAACUGAAGUCCUCAACCCGAAAUUACUCAACCCGACCCGAUUGCCAGGUCUAGAUGUCGUUAACUGCGUCUGAUGGAGACUUCGCCGUGACCAAAUGUGGACUGUGUAACUAAUUUGAAUAAUUAGAGAUGUAAUAAAUUAAUUUUAGUGAUAAUAAUUCAAGUGAUCAAACUUGCAUUUUACCCCUUCAAAAUCUCUCCGUUAGGGCGUUACUGAUUUUACUGCAGAGUCUUCGAGAAAGCUAAUAGAAGAAGCAAAAACCAACCUAGUCGGCCGGUCUCCCGUCAUUCCACCGUUCUUCUUCUUUACCCUUCAAAUCCAUCGAGCAAAUUCCCUCCCUCUCUGUUCUUUCUCUCAUCACCCUUCCCCCCGUAAACCUAAUUCCGAACUCCAAGCUCUCGCAAUGGACGCCGUCAAACUCAAAGAACUGAAGAACUUCGUCGAGCUCUGCAAGUCCAAUCCCUCCGUUCUCACCGAUCCCACUCUCUCCUUCUUCCGCGACUACCUCGAGAGUCUCGGUGCUAAACUACCUCCCGCUGCUUACUCCGGAUCGAAGAAUCAUGUUGACGAGGAUAGCGACGAGGAAAUUCCGGAGAAGGAAUCGCCUUCAGUCGAGGAACCGGAGGAGGAAGAAGAGGAGGAUGAGAUAAUUGAGUCGGAUGUCGAGCUGGAAGGCGAGACUGUCGAGCCUGACAAUGAUCCGCCACAGAAGAUGGGAGACUCGUCGGUAGAGGUCACUGAGGAAAACCGUGAUGCUUCACAGGAGGCCAAGGCCAAAGCUAUGGAAGCUAUCUCUGAAGGGAAAUUAGAAGAUGCCGUUGAGCAUUUAACUGAAGCUAUCCUGCUUAAUCCGCUCUCAGCUAUAAUGUAUGGGACGAGAGCCACUGUUUAUAUCAAGAUGAAGAAACCCAAUGCUGCCAUUAGGGAUGCUAAUGCUGCUCUCAAGAUAAAUCCAGACUCAGCUAAGGGGUACAAAGCUCGUGGCAUGGCAUGCUCGUUGCUUGGUAAGUGGGAGGAGGCUGCUAAGGAUCUUCAUGUUGCAUCGAAGUUGGAUUAUGAUGAGGAGAUAAGCGCUGUUCUUAAGAAGGUUGAACCCAAUGCACACAAGCUUGAGGAGCACCGUAGGAAGUAUGAUAGAUUACGCAAAGAGAGGGAGGAUAGAAAGGCUGAGAAGGAGAGACAGCGCCGCCGUGCUAAAGCUCAAGCCGAGUAUGAGAAGGCUAAGAAGCAAGAGCAAUCAUCUUCCACUGGAAGACCCGGAGGCAUGCCUGGAGGAUUCCCUGGAGGCAUGCCUGGAGGUUUCCCAGGAGGCAUGCCUGGGUUCCCAGGAGCAGGGGGCAUGCCUGGAGGGUUUCCAGGUGCAGGAGGUAUGCCUGGAGGGUUUCCUGGAGCUGGUGGCAUGCCAGGUGGAGCGCCUGGAAAUGUUGAUUUCAGCAAAAUACUGAAUGACCCUGACAUGAUGGCUGCAUUUAGUGAUCCAGAAAUCAUGGCUGCUCUUCAAGAUGUUACGAAGAACCCUGCCAACCUCGCGAAGCACCAAUCAAACCCAAAGGUGGCUCCCGUAAUCGCGAAAAUGAUGAGCAAAUUUGCCGGACCGAAGUGAACAGUUGCUGCUCUUGAGUUUCUUAAUCGUGGUCCUUGUUCAGAUCAUACCUUGAGCCUUGGUGUUGAACCCAUUAGAUCUCUGUUUUUGGGAAGUUUGAACUGAAGCAACUGUACAUGGAACAUCUCCCUUGCCUUGGAGUUGUGGUUGUCACUCUGACUGUUGCUCGUUUCGAUAAACUCACGUUGGUAAAAGAUCAUAGGGAGUUUUCGUAUGGUCAUAUGGCAGCUGCAAACUGCAUGCAACUUUCUCCUUACGUACGAUCAGUGUUGUUUUGCGGCGUUUCUAAUAGUUCUGUGAAGAGGCAAUAGUUCUAUUAAAAAAAAAAAAAUAGUUCUGUGAAGAGGCAACAGUUACUUAGGUCGUUGCUUACGUUUGUCCUUCAUUUUGUCUGUUUAAAAGUAAAUAGUGAUUUUGUAGUGCCAUCACGGCUUUAUUAGUAUCGUGGGAGUCGGACCCCUAAGGCUUUUGUAGCUCUGCCCCGGCCCCCGGUCCGGUGGAUGAUUCUGGCGUUGCUCCAUUAUCCAUCUCUAACCUACAGAACGUUGAGAAUCCGACCAAAGUCAACAGGUUAAUUGGGCCUUAAAUUUUGUGCCCAUCAGAAUGUUAAGGACCGAAUCAGCAGAUGUCCGUAGAUAGGGGUGUGCAACGGUUCGGUUUGGUCCGAACCAAACUCAUGAGAACCGCAGUCCAUUAGUGAAAGACAUGUUAGGACCAAGGACCGGACCAUUCUUGUAUUUGGUCCAUUUGGUCCAGUUCAAAUAUGAGCUCGGUCCACUAUUUCUUCAGUAAUUAUAAAAUUUAUGAGGAUCAAGGAUCGGACCACAUUUUACUCAAUCUGGUCCGGUCCGAUCUUAACAACGGUUUGGUCCGAUGUGGUCAGCCGGACCAUUGCACACCUCUAUCCGUAGACAGCCCGAACUCGUUAUGGCAAAAGUCUGGUAGAAAUAGAAUUAGCGGAAAGAAUGGAAAAGUUCCCCCUAGACGAAAAAAACAAAAAAAAGAGAAAACAGCUCGAUCUUCUCGCCAAAAUAAACACCAGAAAGAAUCGCCGACGUGCCUCGAGCCAUCCUGAACCGAGUCUUGCCGGCAAAGUUUUACCCAACUUUUUCUUCUUUCAGUUAAGAAAAUUUAAUUCCAUUUUCGUACGCUCCUUCUGGUUUUCAGUCACCGCUACACUGAAUGGAUGGUUUUCAAUUGAUACGAACUGGUUAGGGUUUUGUCCCAAUAGCAGACUUUGGUUCAGGGGUGUUUACGCCUAGAAAGUGCCAGGCGGGUUGUGAAGACCGCUGAGAAGAUCGAUAAUCUACCCGAGACGAAAGAACACACCGUUUCCUGCAAAAAGGGUCCGGGGGGGUGGCUCGGGGACACUCUCCGAUGCUUAAAUUAGUAUUCAGAGAGAGAAUAGGGAGAGAGAUUGUAGAGAGAGAGUGAAAUUAGUUACCAUAAAUGAGGUUGUUAGCUCUUAUUUAUACCCCCUGGUUAUUGGCGCCUGCACACACUGUCUUGUCACACAUACCUCGUACUCCUCUACACGAGGUACGCUUACGGCGACAUUUAAUGCUGUCAGUCCCGGCUCCACCUAUCGCAACUGUUCCGCGCGGGACGCUCUCCCCUUGCCUCCUGACGUAAUGGGCCGGCCUGUUUUCUCCCGAGCUCCCGUGGGCUUUCCCUCCUUGGGCCGUCUCGGUCCCUCUGGUCCCUAACAUUAGCUUUUGGGUUAUUGGGCCUACUUCCCUGUUACCUCGGCUACCUGGGCCUUUUAUCCAUCUUCUACUACGUGGGUCAUUGAUCCAGAUGGUGAUCCCCCACGGCCCAACAUUUGUCCCGCAGGCGGGUAAAGCCUCCGGGUUUGGGCGGCUGAUUUUCUGUGUUUUAGGGCGGGAUCACCCCCUGGGUCAAUGAACCGCCCUUAUCCUG